UCAGGUGAAAUGCCGGAAAUAGUUUUUGAUGACGGUCUGAUGUUUGUGUUCAGGGCCAUUUGUUGUUUGUUCUGAGAAACACUUUCGUCAUCUUACGCCUUAAACUCUCAUUUUAAUGCUUUGAUUUGGGAUAACGAGAAAAUACAUUGAUAUCGUUUAACUGGGCGUAACCAGACUGUUUUGUUUGGUGCGGCUCGAGGCUUUGCUAACAUUAGUCUAGCAUUUGUCGAUUUCUUGCUAGCAAGCUUUACUUUGUAUUAGCUGUCCCGCCAGAUACUACAGGUACUCUUAUUUUUUAAAAGGAUUCCAUUAACCACCACAAACAAUGGCGGUUGUCAACGAAAGUGCCCUGAAGAAAAUGUUGAAGCAAUACAAGUAUAGGGACCUGACAGUUCGUGAAAUCACCAACGUCAUCUCUCAGUACAAAGACUUGAAGCCAGUUAUGGAUGGUUAUGUGUUCAACGAUGGCUCUACAAGAGACCUGAUGAGUUUAACAGGGACGGUCCCUGUAAGCUAUAGAGGCAAUGUCUACAACAUCCCAGUAUGUUUAUGGUUGCUGGACACCUACCCCUUCAACCCGCCCAUAUGUUUUGUUAAACCUACCAGUACCAUGAUGAUCAAAACUGGGAAACAUAUUGAUGCCAAUGGAAAGAUCUACCUGCCCUAUCUACACGAGUGGAAGCAUCCUCAGUCAGACCUGUAUGGACUCAUUCAGGUGAUGAUUGUGGUGUUUGGAGAGGAGCCUCCUGUCUUUUCUCGCCCGACCACACAAGCGCCUUAUCAGGCUUUCCAAGCUGCUGGACCUCCUAACCCUUCUUAUGUACCUGGCAUGCCUGCAGUUUCACCAUAUGGUCCAAAUCCUAAUACAGGAAGCUAUCCAGGGUACCAGUACCCUGGGGGGAACUCUUACCCAACUACUGCUGGUCCUGCACAUUACCCCACACAAACUCCUGUGUCAACAGUGGGUUCCAACAGAGAUGGCACCAUUGGUGAAGACACCAUCCGUGCAUCGCUCAUCUCAGCUGUUAGUGACAAGCUUCGCUGGAGGAUGAAGGAGGAAAUGGACAGGGCUCAGGCGGAGUUGGAUGCCCUCAAGCGGACAGAAGAAGACCUCAAGAAGGGCCAUCAGAAACUGGAGGAGAUGAUCUCAAGAUUAGACCAGGAAGUGUCCGAAGUUGACAGGAACAUCGAGUUGCUGAAGCGUAAAGACGAGGAGCUGAGUGACGCCCUGGAGAAAAUGGAGAACCAGUCGGAGAACAAUGACAUUGAUGAGAUCAUCGUGCCGACAGCCCCUCUAUACAAACAAAUUUUGAACCUGUACGCUGAGGAAAAUGCCAUCGAAGACACAAUUUUCUACUUGGGAGAGGCCCUCCGUAGGGGGGUCAUCGACUUGGAGGUUUUUCUCAAGCACGUACGCCUUCUGUCCAGAAAGCAGUUCCAGCUCCGUGCCCUCAUGCAGAAAGCUCGCAAGACUGCUGGCCUCAGUGACCUCUACUGAGUAACUAACACAAGCAGGAAACACUCAUGUCUUCACUCUCUCUGGUUCUCCUCCUUUCUCCUCUAUGUUGUAUUCCAUCUUUAAUGGGCCACCGAGCUGUUUAGAUGUUGUAGAUUGAAGAUGAAGAUUUGUGGUGGUGACCUGUGACCACGGUGCGGUCACACACUUGAUCAGACCAAAUACAUGAGAGAUUGUCCACAAACCUGGGAGUUGUGACCCAGACUUGACGCCGUCGUGUGUACUCCGGCUUACACAACUGAUCCCUUCUUACAAAUAUUGAUAAGGGAGAAUGUGUGCAAGUUGAGCAACCUGGUUUGCGUGGCACUCCAGGGAAGCUCCGAUGAGAAUAUAUGAGCUUGGUGUUUGGAGAGUAAGCACAAAAAAUAUUGGGGGCUAGGCGUUGAGACAGCCCUCAUCAUCAUGAAAAGGUUAAGCUCUGAUAUAAAUACCCAAGGCAACCUAUUAGGGAGUACCGUGAUUUAGUGCUGCAUGCAGCCUGGGCCACGUUCAGAAGGCUUUUUCUAUUGUGGAUAUGCUUUAAAAGAUGAAAGUGUUGUUUUCACCCGUCUCCUUUCAUGUCCAGUUAGUGUGAAGUUCUUUCUUGUACAUGUCAGCUGCUCAGGUUAGCCCUCCAAUUUGACUGUUUGGCUGCAUUAACCAAUCAUGUACAGUAGCUGUUCUAUCCUGUACAGUCUUUCUCUUGACAGUUUUAGCACACUCGCUAUUUUUCUUUUUUCCUGUCCGCUCUUAUUUGUCGGAAUCGGUCAGAGAACAUCUUACACAACAAUUAUAUUAAUCAAAAGUGAAGUUAUGGCAAACACCUCUCAUUUAACUUAGCCUUCUACUAAUGCACUUUGAAAUGUAUGAUAGAAUAUCUGCUGUUAUUUUUGCGUUUCCAGUUCAGCCAUAGACCAUCUUUUGUAUCUGUAGAUUUAUGUAAAUCAGUUCAAGUUAAAUAAAUCUGAUUUCAUCGCU